AUAUAUAAUUUAUUAGCUUUAGAACUAACUAACUUCAUUAUGUCUAGUAAUCAAAAUGUCUAGAUAUACCAAAUUUCCCAUUAAAAAAUAUUAAAUUUAAGUUAAAGAAAAAUGCUUUCGAACGCAAAAUUAAUGAAAAGAAUUAUUUUAUAAAAGUUAUGACUCUGCCACCAUUAUUUAGCCAUCAUUUUCCUACAUUUGUGAAAGAUUCUUUUAAUAAUGAUGUCAACUUAUAUUGGUACCAUCCAGAAUUUUCACAAAGUCGUUAUCCACCAGGACAAGGAAUAAGUGAAGCAUGUACAUUGAUAUGUCUUCUUGUGGCACAACGUAUAUCUCAAAGGAACGUGUUAAUUUACGACGUAGAAAAUUGUCCAGAAUUGACCGUUAUUAUGGCUGAAGCAAUGGUAGAAGGCAAUGCAACUCAUGCAUGGAUUAUAAGUCAAAAACUUAUUCCUCAUCCAUAUCUUAACACCGAAGAGGCUUUACAAUAUGGUGGCAGAAGUCUAACUAUGUUAAAAGAAUGGAAAUUUCAUGUUUUCCAUGAAAAAAUUGAAAGAAGUUUAUAUAAUAAUAUAAAAAGUUUUUUACUUGAUUGGUAUAAAGAAUCUCUGUCUACUAACUUAUUCAUGUUGCUUAUAACAUGUGGUCGUACAGUACUUUUUAUAUUUCAAGAAAUAACAUACAAGGUACGGUUUUUAUUUAUUAACUAUCUUCACAAAAAUGAUGUAUCUUUUCAUCCUCAGGUUACUUUAUUUGAUUCUCACGGGCAUAGUACCAUAAAACAUCCAAAUCGAGGAUUAGUCGUUGCACAGACAUCAAUUGAAAAGUUGGAAUCUUUGUGCAAUUGGUAUAGCCAUGAAAUUGUGAAUAAUUGUUAUAAUAUGGAAGCCUAUCAAUAUGAAUUGGCUUUCUUAUAUCCUGAUAAUUUAUGCAAGUGUAGUAAUUGCUUUAAAGAUUAAUAAUAAUUUUACAUCAAAUACAAUCGAAUUUGACUUUCAAAUAAUGGAUACACGAAACUAUACAUGUAUAUAAAACAUACAUAUUUUUCAUAAUUUAUCAUUGAAAAAUAUUUUAUAUCUACCAAGAGGAAGUGAUAUUAAAUAAAUCUCAUAUUAGUGAUUACUGAAAUUUUUUUAUUUUUAUCGGACGAGAUGAACUAAAUAAAAUAGAUUUAAGAUCGAUAUUUAUUUACAAUAUUUACAUUCUUUUUUUCCUUAGAUCAUUAAAACCUGUUGCUCUACAUGAUAAUCAUGAGACUACUAAAAAAGUAAUAUUGCGCAUUUCCAAAAUUAAUUUUUUAGUAGUAUUAUGUGUUUACAAAGAUGAUAUACAUAUUUUCCAUGAAAUUUUUAGCUCUGUGCAAAUUUCAUUUUAAUUGUAUAUAAUUGGAUUUUUCUUACAGUAGUUACAUAAGUA